CUUAGUUCUUGGUAGUGUAGUCUCCUAGUCUUUUCCGUAAGUUAGAUGCAUUGCAUUUUAACGUGCUCUGGUUCAUCACGAUUCACGUGUUUGUUCUUUCUGCAUAUAAGUAAAUGCGACUUUUGUAUGAGAAAGUGAUGUUUGAACUAUUUUUUGUAAUUUCUGCGUACAAUACAUAUUAAAUACAAUAUUAAUAACAUUUUCAAGUGAAAUAUCGUGAACGAUUUGAAGUAUUCCUGGCUGUUGAAUAAUUCAGAUAGAACCUGACUGAUACCGACAGUGACACGGUAAUGGACGACGAUAUGGAUUUAAUGGGACUGUUACGAGGUUUGCAACAAGAAAAUGCGAAGAAAAAGUUGUUGACGAGAGACAUUGCACAAAUUAUCGUCCAGUGGUAUUUAAAGAUGAUGGGAUUCAUCAAGGUCGAUGAUGAUAAAUUUAAACGUAGAGCCUUUGGCUUGAAUACUCCGUUCGAAUUUACAUCGAGGACUGAUAAGCACAGCUUUGAGUUAACUCGUCUUCCGCAUCCGGAUGACAAUGCGUAUCGUGCAGAUGUGGCGUCAUCGUCAUCAUAUUAUGGUUUCGGAGCAUUCCUAUCUUUAAAUCUAGAUCAAUCCAGUGUCGAGAAAGACGCGAAGAAAUUACGUGUUGAGAUGAAGAGGUUGCACUCCAGCUUACGAAGAGCUUGGGAGAAUAUUCUAGACUAAUGACGAUACAACAUCGUUACUAUGUACCUAUCAGAAGUUUAUUUUGUUCUCCAUUAAAAUUACAUCAAUUUAUUUGUAAUUUUUAACAAUUUUAUUAACUUACAUCACUAUUUUUUAAACAUUUUUUAUGGAAUUUUAUCGAAUUAAAAGUUUUUUUUGUAACUUUUU